CGCCACCACAAAGAGACUUCGCGCCACACUAGCCUAAUCCCCGCGCUGGCCCCUGGCGGGCAGAUAACGGUCGCGGCACGGAAAGGGCGAGAGAGAAGGGCGCCAGAGCACUAGUACAGGAGGCGCGGAGCAGGAGGAAACACAUGGCAGAUGAAGGCGAGGAGGGGGUGCCGCCGGCCGCGAUGGUGGGGGAGGCGCCAACCGAGGACUUUGGGCUGCCCGCUGAGCUGAUGGCCGUGCUACCAUCGGACCCGUUCGCUCAGCUGGACGUGGCGCGCAAGAUCACCUCCAUCGCGCUCUCGCACCGCCUCGGCCGCCUCGAGGCCGAGGCGGCGCGCCUGCGCUCGCAGCUCGCCGAGCGCGACGCCGAGGCCGAGGAGCUCCGCGAGCGCGUCGAGAAGCUCGACUCCGCGCUCGCCGUCGCCACCGGCCGCCUCCGCCGCGCUGAGGAGGAAAAGGAGACACUGCUGCGGGACAACUCUGCGCUGUCCAACACCGUUAGGAAGCUGAACAGAGAUGUCGCCAAGUUGGAAGUUUUCAAAAAGACACUUGUGCAGUCGCUCCAGGAAGAUGACAGCAGUGAUAAUACUGCUCCCAGGGCAAGCGUUGCAGCAACUUCAAACUUCUCUGCGCCAUCAGAUGAAGAUUCUGCAUUUCCAACUUCCAAAUCAUCACAGAUUUCAGAAACUGCGAGUUCAGUUUCAGAGGAAAAUAGCCAAGUUGAACCAGAUGCACCUAGGCCACCCCGUCCACAUGUAUUUUUGCCGUCAUACAACAGCACACCAAGGAGAACUCCCCCAGACUCACCUCCAAGGCGUUAUGCAUCGGUAUCACCGCCGAGGCGACAUUCAAUCUCCGUUACGUCGAUGAAUAUGUUUAAUGACAGGUCCUCAGGCUUUUCUAGUCAGCAUAGCUCUCCAUUUGACCCUCCAAGUCAAACAGGACGAACAAGAGUUGAUGGAAAGGAGUUCUUUCGUCAUGUCAGAAAUCGGUUGUCGUAUGAGCAGUUUGGUGCAUUCCUGGCUAAUGUGAAGGAGCUGAACGCACACAGGCAGACCAGAGAGGAUACCUUAAGAAAGGCUGAUGAGAUCUUUGGUCCUGAAAACAAGGACCUGUACACCGUUUUUGAGAGCCUAAUAACUCGCAACAUUCGCUAAUCUCCUCAAGGGUUGAAGCAUUACCAAUGAUUACUAGUGAUUCAUGUUUUACCGGUAUAUUUUGGUUACAAUGUUCAACACUUUUUUUGUAUUUGAAGUCUGUAGUCUGUUGUGGAUUCUUGGUAUAUAGUCUAUAGUUCUUUCUUUUUUUUUCAUGCUAAUGUCCAUGUAGAGUCCUCUGUUUCUAUGUAAGCUACAACUUAUAUUCUAAUACAAAUGUUGUCUGAU